AUGAAAGAUGAAGCAUGGGUGUUGGGAAUAGAGAAGCUAUUUGAAGUCUUUUCCUGCACAGAAGUUCAGAACGUGCAAUUGGCUGCCUUUACUCUUGAGGAUGAGGCACGCAGAUGGUGGAUGCUUACAAGAACUGUACAUCAAGGGUUGACAUGGGACAGAUUCUUAGAAUUGUUUUAUGACAAGUACUUCCCUCAAAGCAUGCGGGAUAAGAAGGUAACAGAGUUCGAAACUCUCAGGCAAGGGAACAAAACCAUUGCGGAAUACGAAGCCCAAUUUGCAGAAUUAGCUCGGUUUGCACCCCAUAUGGUGGAUACGGAUUAUAAGAAGGCGCGCAAAUUUGAAGGGGGAUUACGAAGUGCUAUCCUGGAUAAGGUCAACAUGUUGAAGCUACCUACUUACGUUGAUGUGUUGGAGAGAGCCGUUAUAGCAGAAGGAAAUCUCGCUACUCAGAGCCGAAUCUCAUAA